UUCUCACCUUUCAUAUGCAUGAGCUGACACUCCUCUUCCCCACUGCUCCUCGCACCACUAAUCGUUAGCCAGAAGCGUAAAGGCUAAGUCUCUCUCUCUCUCUCUCUUCCCCAACAACCAGUUCAAUCUUGCACAGAAGAAGAGAGGAAUGCAUCAUCAUCUUCCUCUAAAUUCUCCUUGUGGUUCCUUCGCACUGCUGCUUUCUUCUUUCUGCACACCCUCGUGGAUGUGAUCCACCACCAUCCAUCUCUUAGCCCCAUCAACCUUUCGCCAAAAGAGAAGCAGACUCUAAAAGGAGCACCACCCACCCGGCCAUGGUUUUCCCAUCUCUUCCGGUCUAUGUAGAUCCACCAAACUGGAACCAGCAACAGCCUCAUCAGCGGGGCAGCAGUAGCCAUGGCGGCGGAGAUGAGGAUCCCCACCUCCCAGCACCACCACCUGGCUUGGUGGGUGUGCCACCAGCUGAGGCGGGGAUGGUCUGCUCGAUCAAGCCAGAGUUGACGGCCGAACGAGCUCGUCUGGCGAAGGUGGCGCAGCCGGAACAGGCGCUCAAGUGCCCCCGGUGCGACUCCACCAACACCAAGUUCUGCUACUUCAACAACUACUCCUUGUCGCAGCCCCGCCACUUCUGCAAGGCAUGCCGGCGUUACUGGACACGCGGCGGCGCGCUCCGCAACGUCCCUGUGGGCGGCGGCUGCCGCAGGAACCGGCGGAUCAAGUCCACCGGCAGUGCCUCUUCAAAACCCUCGGUUGCUUCGGCCACUCGCCAGGGCGGUGGUGCAACGAUGACCAGCCUCGCCCUGCAGCCGCCGCCGCCCCUAGUGACGUCGUUGCACCCAGUUCCGGACUUCAGGACUCCUAACCUAGCGUUGAGUUACCAGGCGAGUGGAACCAGCAUCGAUGCAGUAGAGGACCUCAGACUCUCUUGGCAAAUCCAGCAGCUUCCUUUAAUCCUAGGCGGGUUAGAUCCCCCCCCACCACCACCACCACCACAGAUGCCGCCAUUGGCACCACUUCCAAACUUAUACCCGUCGUUCUUCGGAGAAGGUAGUCAGUUUGACGGGCAAUCGUUUGCAGAGCAAGCUCAACCCAGCUCCGGGCUCCUGAUGCAACUGGCUUCAGUGAAGAUGGACGCCAACUCACAAGAGCUUAAUCUUCCAAGACAGUCUCUUGAUGACCCCAGAACUGAUCUCGUCUGGGGUGGCAGAGAUGGUGGUGGAUGGGCAGCAGGCUUCCCAAGUUUCAUUAACCCUUCAUCAACUGACAAUUUCCUGUAAUUCUACAGCUUCUGUUGAUCUGAUACAACUAGAAAUGACUCCAAAAAACUGAUCUACUCGAUUGGAGGAGGAAACAUGAAUUCUCAUGUUAAUCUUAUGUACCAGAAUCCUACUCCUAUGUCCAACCUGAUCGAAGCAUGAAAGAUCAAUGGAGGAUUCAGUGACACAAACUCCUUUCCUAGUAUAUGGUGGACAUCUGUAGAUGCAGUGCUCAGGAUCAGUAAGUAGGAUUGUAGUUUUCGUUGUA